AUGAAGUUGACGUUGUUGACGGCUCUUCUGAUAAUCGACGACUCCACAACCGACAUCAUUCGACGGGCGAUUUUUGAAUGCCGACGUGUGGACGUGGCGUUCUGUUGCACUUCAAGAGUGCGCAUCCUUUGCGCAGAACAGUGCAAGGACGUAAAGUGCGGCGUACAAAGUCAGUCUCUUCACAGUACCGUUACCAUUCGGUUUUUUCGUUUUUAUCCGAUCUCAAGAUUCCAAGUGGAAUCGAUGACGCCGCCUCCUCAUGCUCGUGACGGUCUCGUACAACUCUCUCGACCAUCCGUACCGACACCGAUGGUGGAGCAUCUGCAAGAAUCGUCAACACAAACACCCUUCGCAGUGACGUCGCUCGUACAGUCGCCGUUCACCGGAUUUCCGACACUGAUACCGUUUGAGCCGAACAUCGACAGUAUCUCGAACAUAGACAAACCAACCUCUCGAUUCCAAUCGACAUCAGUUCCGACACUUCACUCAACAGUUAUCAAGUCAAUUCAUCACCGCAUUCGUACAACGCCAGAUCCACGAAUCAUACGGCCGCCUGAAUCACUUGUGAUUAUUGGCGAAUCCGACGAGGAACCGACAACUACCGAUAAUUGGCACCAGCCGAUGGCGAUGUCGUCGUCGCCAUCGUCAGAACUGGUUAACGCUUUACGACCGUUUUCACCUGCACUGAAACCAUCUGCGAAUCGUGGUCUUUCUCAACAAAUAUCGUCCCAUCAGAUCUCUUCUGAACGUUCUUUGGUGUUCAUCAACGAAACAACACCAAAACCUCGGCCAAAUCUUCAACUACAAUCGUUCACCGUAACAGUGCCGGUCGUCGAACAGCAGUGCGGUGUGGCUCCGAAUUUCAAGCCUUGUGUCAGCGCCGAACAAGCCAGUCAUGCUUUACUGGAGUGCUGCCAGCGAAAGAAUUUGCCCCAUGGCUGUUUGUCGCUUUGUCGCUAUGAUAUCUCGCAAGCUGAGGUUCGCUCGGUGAUUGAUCGCGGUCUCUGCGGGCUGUUCAGCGUCGCGCCAUACCUCGAAUGCGCUUCACAGGGCCACGACAACACAGAAUGCUGUAGACACAAGGGCAUCAUCGCCAAAACCGGUCCUCAAUGCGAGCAGUUCUGUCGGUCAUCUCAUCAGCUCGGUGUCUUAGGCUUACAGCAUAUCGUAUGUGGUAACGCUAUCGGAGAAAUGAUGCAGUGCCAUCACUCAGGAAUCAGACUGUAA